CAAUCAUCAUUGUUCCCUAGCAGGACAGUACACCCACCACACCUCAAAAACUGGAGCUCUUUUGUCUUGUUCCUCGAACCGUUUCUGAGCCGUUGUUGCAGCAUGGCGGCCGGUCUGCAGCAGUGUUGAGGUGGGUGGUAUGCGUCAAGUCACAUCCAGAUGAAUGCCAGGACCCAAAGUUUCCGUUCCAUUCCAUGAUUUAAACACACAAAGUUUUUUUUUUUUUUUUUUUUUUAGCUUAAAUAUUUCUUCCUCAAAAAUCUCUUUAAAAUUUGCUGCCUUUGUCAGGUGUAUAUUUGACUGGUUAUUUUCAAGAUGCUAUGGUAGGUAAUUGUCAAAAGAAAAUGUUGAAAGUUUGUGUGCUGUAAUUAAUGGCUUUAUUUUAAUAAACCUUUUACUAACGCCUAAUAGAUCAGUUAUAAGACACCAAAAAGAACAACUUUUGGGUUGCCAGGUUGUGAAGAAGUCGUCCUAGCGAGCUCUUCCAUUCAUCAGAGAGCCCCCUCUAAUGGACUGUUCGACCAUUUAUCCUCUGUAGAAGUGCAGCAGGAAACGUGGACAAAAAAUCAAUUUAUAAACCGCGCAUUAACAUUUACAAAUGGAUACAUGAUGGUAUGUAGAACCUGUGAUUUAUUAACAUGUAUAAUUAGAGGCGACUGACUAACUUUUGAUAAUAGUUCAUGUGGAAAGUGAGAAACACAUCGAGCCACCUGUAGAUGUCUAUUUGAAAGGUAUCCCUAACGAAAACAAAGUGUAAUGCCGGGGUAGGAUUUUCCACAACCUGGCAACCCAGAAGUCGCUGGCAAUAAAUUAUUAACACUCUUAAAGCCAUUAAUUAUAUCUUAUAAACGGCGUCUUAACAGAGAGUAGCACCAAAUAUAACGCCACUCAUAUAUGACAAUGGGCAAAAUAAGCGGUCAAUAUCUUUCACAAUUUAAGGUUUAAUAACCUAAAAACUGAUUCUGAAAGUGUAACGUGUCUCAAAAAUUGACAAUCAACCGUUAAAUUACAGUGUUUCUACAGACAGUGGAAGUUGAUAUUUUCAUGAGCGUGUGCUGUUAUUUACAAAUGAUUUCGUGGGUAGUUUUUUUAUUGUGUUGUAGACGAGUCGAGCCUUACCUGGAGCGACUGGUACAGUGUAAUUUGUUACAUGUGUCUUUGAGUGGGCUUUACAGACUGAGCUCACAGAGAGGAAAAAGAGAGGGGGGGUGGGGUUCGGGCUUGUGGCUGGUGGGGGGAGGGGUUUUACAAACAGACCAGGCAGGAAGAGACCUGCGUGUUCACAUUUUGGCAUAAAGACAUAAAAGACCCCUGCGGUGCCGGGACUCUUCUACUCCUCUGACUGACAGCCAUUGUAACGAGACAACCAUUAAGAGUCAAUAUAAACAUACGUUACAGCAUGAAACCCAGGAGAGCCAUUUUUUUCCUCACAAAACAAGAGCGACCCCCACCCCUCAAGAAACCGGGGUCAAAGUUCACAGGAAGCUGGGGGGCUGCCAUUUUUCCCUGCUGCUACUGCUAACGUUCAACGUUAGAUGCUAAACCGACGGGGAGGGGCGGUUGGUUUUGGAUUUUGUAGCUAGCUUGGAAUCAACCGAUCGAAAUCGUUACACGCAAUCCGCCAUUCCUCCGACCGUUGUCGCGAACAACCAUCGUUAUUGGAUGAAUUCGGCAUGGAGAAAGUAGCGGAGCCGUCUUGGACUUCUUCGUACACCUACCAGGUGAGCAAGCACAGUGCGGAGAUGCUACACAACCUCAACGUUCAGAGGAAAGAUGGAGGCAGGUUCUGCGAUGUGGUCUUGCGCGUCGGCGAGGAGAGCUUCCCUGCCCACAAGGCUGUGUUGGCCGCCUGCAGUGAGUAUUUCGAGUCGGUCUUCGGCCGCCAGACGGAGGGCGACGGCGACGCCAAGGAGCUGGAGAUGCACACGAUCAGCCCGAAAGUUUUUAAAGACAUCCUGGACUUCGCCUACACCUCCAGGAUCGUGGUGCGACUGGAGUGCUUCCCGGAGUUGAUGACAGCUGCCAAGUUUCUGCUGAUGCGGUCGGUCAUCGAGAUCUGUCAGGAGGUCAUCAAACAGUCCAACGUACAGAUCCUCGUCCCGACCUCUCGGGGAGGUGACGCCAGUCUUUUCCAGGCCACGGGGGCCACGGAGCUGGGUUUCCCGGUGGCACAGCAGGAUCUGGUAAACGGAACGGGAAUGCUGGUGAACGGUCAGAGCUUUGCUAACAAUGCGCAAAUGCAUGUGGACGGGAGCGAAGACGCCGCCGCCACCGUGCUACUGGAGGACGGCGGCGAGUCGUCGGUGUCAAUGUUAGAGCCCGUCGAAGGACUGUCGGUUUCCCCAUCGACGGAAAUAACGGGGAACGCGCUUCAUCACGACGCUGGCUCCCCGGGGUCAAAGAGGGGCAGGGGGAGACCAAAGAAAGCUGGCGGAGUAGCGGAGGCUGUGCACUUCAACCACAACACCCAGAAAGACAAUGGGCUUUUUCCGUGCGGGACUUGCGGUAAAGCUUUCACAGAAGCCUCCCGCUUGAAGAACCACGAAGCGCAACACGGAGCCUCCACCGGCGGUGUAAACAACGUCGGUGACAGCCUGUCAGCGGCGGGCGGCAUGUCUUUAAUGUCUCACCCGGGUCUGGUGGAGAACGGCUUGCAGUUGCACGGGGGGCUGACGCUGGACAACGGCCGCAAACGGGAGAGGACCAGGCGGCACGUCGGCUGUGAGAUUUGCGGGAAAGUUUUCCGCGACGUUUACCACCUGAACCGACACAAGCUCUCCCAUUCCGGGGAAAAGCCGUACGCGUGCCAUGUGUGCGGGCUCCGGUUCAAACGCAAGGACAGGAUGUCAUACCAUGUGCGGUCCCAUGACGGGUCAGUCGGAAAACCGUAUGUGUGCCAAAGCUGUGGUAAAGGCUUUUCAAGACCCGACCACCUGAAUGGACAUAUCAAACAAGUUCAUACAACAGAGAGACCCCACAAGUGCCAGAUUUGUAAUGCCUCUUUUGCUACGAGAGAUCGCCUGCGGUCACACCUUGCAUGCCAUGAGGACAAAAUCCCCUGCAAAGUUUGUGGCAAGUUCCUGCGAGCUGCCUACAUGACGGACCACCUCAAGAAACACAGUGAAGGAACACAUAACUACUGUGGCAUUUGCAACAAAGGUUUCUCCACUGCGUCCUACCUUAAGGUGCAUAUAAAGACACACCAUGGCUCUCCACUGCCCCCCUCUGCCGCAAUGCACACCUUCCCUGAGCCAAGGGGGGGACUGCAGAUGCACAACGGCACCCCUUACCACAUGGGACGCCAGUGCUCAGUGGAAGACCUGUGUGCCAGUCGCCAGCUGCUUCUCACCUCAUCUGAGGCAGAGGGUCGCUUUCAUGGGCUCUCUGGACACCCAGUUCUUCCCCAGCCUGGCCCUCCAGCCUUGGGCCUGCAGCCUGAGCUGCUCAUGGGGAAGCCAGGUGGGACUCCAUAUUUCUGGGAGUGUCGCUCUGGUGGGGUGCCUGGCUUCCCCGUCCAUGGGCCUGUCGCAGACGGACAGGAAAACGCUGGGAAAUGCCCUCACCUGGAAUCAGAAGAAUCAGACCCUUCAUUUGGAGAAUUGCCCAACGACGACGAGCUUAAAUCUCCACACAAACCCGACAGGCCGGAGCUCGAGAUGCCCUCUUUAGCCUGUAACGGAGCCUCCGUGGAGGCGUUGGGGUCCCCAGAGGGAUCCAAAGCCAAGACGGACCCAGAGAAGAAGUUUACCUGUGGGAUCUGCGGUCAGGCCUUUCGCACCAAGUCCUACCUCAACAAGCACCAGCACAGAGUUCACAAAGCCCAGAAAGCCCAGGGGGUGUCUGGGUCUGGCUUAAGUGAGCUGGCCCCGUCCCUGACCUCUCCUUUCUCCCCUCAGCAAAACAUGUCUCUGCUCGAGUCCUUUGGCUUUCAGAUUGUCCAGUCUGCUUUUGCCUCUUCACUGGUGGAUGCUGAGGCCGGUCAAAGUGGAAUCGACUUUGGAGGGAAGUGACAUAUUUGCUAGAGCUGUAACAAAGCUUCUCACUCGUUGGACAAAGCCGGGUUGCCCACAGAAGACGCUCUGUAUUUGGGAAUAACUUUGCCUCAAGACUACUUUUUCUGUUCGUUACGUUGCUUAAUGUGUAUCCAAUAUUUUUGUCAGAGACUGCCAUACGAUUCCUACUUUUUCUACUUUUUCAGAGUAUGAAAAGUGAACGGUGUUUAAAUUUUCUUUGUAAAGAAAUGACAUGAAGGUUUUAUUUCCUUUAUCUGACGUGGAUCUGUUGAGGUUAUGUUUGGUAGGCUUUCAGUUGUUUUUGGCUCGUGUGUUAUUCUUGGCUGCACAUAUGUUCUUGACAUGAGAUGAAUUAUUUACCGCAUUCUUAAAAUGAGAAAUUUGUUGUCUCUUGGCCCACUUUAACUGCUCUGAUGUGCUUGGUAAAUCAAACCUUGGCCAUUACAACAAUUUUUAAUGCUUCAUAUUCCUUGUUUCCCCCGAAGGCUGUAAACAGACGUCUUUACCUCAGAGCAACAAGAGGGCUGAGUUCUGUGUUUAUGUUGUUCUUCUUUUGAGGAGGAUUUAGUUUUUCUUAAGGACAGGGAUUUAAAUUGGCCUCAAUUUCGAUAGCAGGUUUUGCUUGGGAUCAGUUAAUUGUGAAUAACUUAUCAUAUUCCCAACAGGCCCACGGCAUAUUUCAUUACACAUUUAUUAUAAGCAGCGGCUUUGUUCAAAAAGAGUCAUUUUAAAGACUGAGUAGCACUGAUAGUUGUCAAGGACCUUAAGGAAUUGAUUGUAAUUGAUGACAGGCAGUUCAGAAGCACCUUUAAAACAUGUCAUAAAAACUUAAAAUGUGAAUUGUUACAGCAUCCACACAAAGUGCAUUUGGCAACAUAAAAGCUGGCAAAAAUCAUCUCACCUGAAACAAAUGAAUAAUUAAGCUACCUCAUAGUAAAAAAUAACACCAUAGGGCUUUGUUGAUCAUAGCCUAAUCAAGUUUAAUUUUUCAGCUUCAUUGGAUUUAGAAAAUAAAUAGUCACAGUCGAUUUAGAAAUUAAAAAAAUAAUAAUAAUAAAGUCCUAGCAGCACCAAAGCUUUUGAUUUUUUUCCAGUAUUUUUAAGUUCCCAAUCUUGUGCUUUUUCGUUAUUUUAGAAAAACCUUAGAGGGUGGUUAUCGUUCAUUAUCAGUCCGAGCUGUUGUGAAUCUUAACCAGAAAGCAUUGGUACACCGAGUGAUUUGAAAAGAAUAAUUCAUAUGAAAAAUCAAUAGUAAGAAGAGGAAAGUCUUUUGUUGUUGUGAUCUACAGUAUACUGUGAACAGGAAUAUUGUUGAAAUGAAAUAGGGUGGAGUCUAAAUAUGUCUACGUAAAUUUAGAUUUGAAAAUGGUAUUGAAACAUGCCUUGAGCUUGUUGGGAAUUAGCUUUGUAUCGCCCCCCAACCCUACAGUGACAAUGUUCCCGAGUAUUGUUUGUUAGGUAUAAAAUCAGUUGUGUACAUUAAACAGGGACCAAGGUCAGGUAUAUUUUCAGUAUAUAUUUUGAGAAAUGUAAAUUAUAUUUUAUUAACUUAUUCAUGCCCUCGUUUUUGUGUACAGUUUUUUUUAAAUUGUCAAACAAAAAUCUUGUGAUUUGCUCAUUUUGAUAAUUUUUCACUCUAAAUUAUGUUAAAUGGAGUUGUGUGUUUUUUGUGUGUGUUGUGCAGCAGUUAAGGGGUUAGAGGAAGGAUUCACACCCUGAUCCACCAGCCUCUGGACCGACCAAACGUAAUGCAACUUUUACAGAAUCAAGUAAUUAAGCUCACUUUAACUCUCCAGUGUUUCUUCAUCACCUGCACAUUUUGUAUUUACCACCCGCACCCCUCACCCCCCACCACCAUCCCUUGCCUGUCAGUUGCUUGUGCUAUCAUGCAGACGACAUGACCUGUAUUUGCACUAAUGGUCGCUCAAUUAGGACACAAGCUUUCAUCUUGUUGUCUUACAGUGAAAAAGUGUUAAAUCCAGAGACAUUCCUGUGAGGAACAGUUUUUACACUUUAAAUGACCUAAUAGGAUGUUAUUGAUUAGAAAAACUUAGGUGCAAAGAUAGAUUCUGUUUAAUUUGAGUUUAAUUCAUUUUAGGGCUGCAACUAAUCAUUAUUUUCAUUAUUCAAUCUGCUUUGUCUGACCAACAGUUCAAAACCCAAAGAUUCAGAAUACUGUCAUGUAUGACAAAGAAAAGCAGCAGAUUUAUAUUGUAGAAGCAGCUCUACUUAAGUUUCAGUUAAAAGAAUGAAGAAUUCAAGCAUAGUCUUUUCACAAUCAUGACAUACAGCACUCCCUCAUCGUCUUGUACAUAUUGAAACAUAAGAUCUACACCAAACAACACACAUGCAAAAUACACAAUAUAAAAUGUAAUUAUUGAGUAUCGUAAGGACCUCUCAUAAAUCACAUGCAUCAGUUGAUUAUUGUAUUUCUCACAGGUCGAUGUCAUUUCUUUUUAUUGUAAUACUUCGAGUCAAGGGGCUAGCGGUGUGUGCGUGUGUGUGUGUGUGUGUGUGUGUGUGUGUGUGUGUGUGUGUGUGUGUGUGUGUGUGGUGAUGACAACUCUGUAAAAAGAGAGUGUAGACGUGCCGUCUGUGUGUGUUUGUCUCUGUGUUUCCUGCUUUCUGUUUAAUUAUUAUUUGUGAGUAAUUUAGUCUGUUAAAUUCAGUACAUUCCUAUAUUAUUUAUGGUUUUAUUGUGAUUGUAACAAGUGUAUAUACCAUUCAUAUACACAUUCUAUAGAUAUAUAUAUAUAUAAAUAUAUAUGAACCAACCAAUAUGAUCAGUGUUUGUCAAUGGUGGUCCUGUACAUAUAUAGAUUUUUUUCAUGUCUUUUAAUGUGGAGGGGUGUUAAGUUAUAUCCAUUUUGAUUGAAACUGCAUGUUCUGGCAUGCUGAGCUGAGCUGAGCUGGGGACUGAAUGUCGAUCACUGGGUGGUGGCAGUAAUAGUUUGACUGUCCACCGUACUGUCACUCUGCUCUGGUAGCACUCACACUGCCAGCUGCACGACUCACGUCUUUGACCAAGGUUUUUUUUUUUUUUUUCCCUUCUUCUUCUUCCUUUUUUGAUCCACUCUGCACUAGUAUUUACUCCUUAAAAGGUAAUAAGGGUUGUGUUAUGUCAUUGUUGUUUAAGUUCAAGUGGAAGAUGCCGCAAAGGAGUGUUUUUCUUCACUGGGAUGUAUGAUUUGUUUCACUCAUGUUGGUACUUUUCAUGAAUUAUUUGGGCCUAAUGUUUUUUUUUUUUUUUCCUUUCUGCUUUUGGUCUGUUGCAAAGUGCCUUCCAAAUACUGAUUGUGCACAGCAGUGGAUUAAAAAAGGUCCUCUUUUCUAAAGGUUGAGAAUUGUACAGAGUGACUUGCAUUGACACUUUUGUAUAAAAAACACACACAGAAAAUGUACAAUAUGUUAACUUGGUAUUUUAUCAUCGUACUCAACAAGAUUGCUCUUAAAACAUGUGAGCUACAUGUUUUGUUAUAACGUCUUUGGACAUAUUUCAAUAUAAGCAUACUUUUCUAUAGAUAUUUGUUUUUGUACUCUGUUAUUGAGUCUCAUCUCUCUUGUUGGUACAGAGAUGAGCAUCAAAUAAAUUGCAAUUGAAAAAGCUC